AUGUCUUGGCAAGGAAGGAAGAAUAAGGUGAUGGUUAAAUGUCGGUUAGAUCGCGCAUUAGCAAAUGAAGAUUGGCACACACUUUUCCCGUGUUCAUAUACUGAGUAUCUUGGUUUAGUGGGGUCCGAUCACAGGCCAAUAGUGGCUUUCCUUGAAGACAAAGUGCAGAAACGUAGAGGUCAAUUUCGCUUUUACAAAAGAUGGAUUGGUCAGAACGGAUUGAUUGAAACUAUUGCGAGGGGAUGGGAUGACACUUCAAGGAAUAAUGAAGGAGAAAGGGAGAGCAAUUUUGUUUCAAGAAUUAUAAAUUGUAGGCACGAGAUCUCAACAUGGCGAAAGAAUAAUCCUCCCUACGGGAAGGAGAAAAUUGGCGACCUUCAGAAGGCUCUUGAGGAGGUACAAACGGAUAAUAAUAGUACUCAAGAGGAUAUUUUAAACAUAUCUAAAAAGUUACAGGAGGCGUAUAAGGAUGAAGAAGAAUAUUGGCAUCAGAAAAGUCGGAAUACGUGGAAUACAGCAGGGGAUCUUAAUACAAAAUUCUAUCAUGGCCUAACAAAACAACGCCGUACUAGGAAUAGAAUCGUCGGACUUUAUGAUGAAAAUGGUAAUUGGGUGGUUAAGGAUCAGGGAUUGGAAAAAGUCGCAGUAGACUAUUUCGAGGAUUUAUUCCAGACAACAUCCCCGACCGAGUUUGAUGGUUUUCUAGAGGAGGUAUCAUCAUCUAUUACUCCUCAAAUGAACCAGAGACUAAUUAGAUUAGCAACGGAGGAAGAGGUUCGUCAGGCACUUUUUAUGAUGCACCCGGAGAAGGCUCCGGGACCGGAUGGGAUGACGGCUUUAUUUUUUCAGCAUUCGUGGAAUAUAAUCAAGAAGGAAUUAUUAGAUUUGGUAAAUGAUUUUAUUACUUCUGGGGAGUUGGAUAUAAGGUUAAACACGACCAAUAUUUGUUUAAUCCCGAAAACGGAGAAACCUACAAAGAUGAAAGAAUUACGACCUAUAAGUCUAUGUAAUGUAGGAUACAAGAUUAUUUCCAACGUAUUAUGUCAGAGGUUAAAGGUGUGUCUUCCAUUGCUUAUCUCAGAAACUCAGUCAGCUUUCGUGCCCGGCAGACUGAUCUCGGAUAACAUUUUGAUUGCCCAGAAAAUGUUCUACGUUUUGAGAACAAAUAAGGCCUGUCAGAACAAGUUUAUGGCUAUUAAGACGGAUAUGAGUAAAGCUUAUGAUAGAGUGGAAUGGAGGUUUAUUGAGGAGGUUUUAUUAAAAAUGGGUUUUGAUCAUCAUUGGAUUAAACUCAUAAUGGAAUGCAUAUCAUCAGUACAAUACAGAGUUUUACUGAACGGACAGCCGAGAGGAAAUAUUAUUCCGGAGAGAGGACUUAGACAAGGGGACCCGCUCUCACCGUAUUUGUUUAUUUUGUGCACAGAAGCACUGAUUGCAAAUAUUAAUAAGGCUGAACGGGAAAAACAGCUGACAGGUAUAAAGGUGGCCAGGGCUUGUCCAUCUAUUUCUCAUCUGCUUUUUGCCGAUGACAGCCUCUUCUUCUGUAAGGCAAAAAAAGAGGAGUGUCAGACAAUUAUCAGGAUUCUAAAGGAAUAUGAGAAGGUAUCGGGACAACAGAUAAAUUUUGAUAAAUCUUCGAUUCAGUUUGGGCACAAAAUUGGAGACCCGGAAAGACAGGAAUUAAGGGAUAUACUUGGGAUACAAAAUCAAGGCGGGAUAGGAUUUUACCUAGGAAUACCUGAAAAUUUGAGUGGCUCAAAAAUUCAGGUAUUCGGUUUUAUUCAUGAACGCCUAAAUGAUAGAGUAAAUGGUUGGACCUUUAGAUUCUUUUCAAAGGGAGGAAAGGAAGUAAUCAUCAAAUCGGUAGUCACAGCACUACCAAACCACGUAAUGGCUAGUUUCCGCAUUCCAAAAACAGUAAUUAAGAAGCUUACGAGUGUAGUGGCAAAAUUUUGGUGGAGUCCAGGAGGUGCAACUAGAGGUAUGCAUUGGCAAUCUUGGGAUAAAGUGUGUUUACCUAAAGAAGAAGGAGGAUUGGGCUUUAAAGAUUUUAUGGAUUUUAACACAGCAAUGCUAGGAAAGCAAUUCUGGAGAUUAAUAGAGAAACCUCAAGCUCUAUUUUCUCGUGUUUUCAAAGGUCGAUAUUUUAGAAAUUCAUCACCUUUGGAACCAAUUCGCUCGUACUCGGCGUCCUAUGGAUGGCGAAGUAUUGUUUCGGCUAGAUCUCUGGUAAGCAAAGGACUAAUCAAAAGGGUGGGAUCAGGAUCAACCAUAUCAGUAUGGAAUGAUCCCUGGCUUCCAUCCACCCGCCCGAGACCAGCAAAUAAAAACCACCACAAUCAGUUCCCGGACCUGACGGUAGAUUCACUCAUCAAUGAGAAUUCGAGGACAUGGAAUAUUCAAACGAUUCAGAGUUUGGUUGACCCUGAAGAUGUUAAGAUUAUUCUAAGCAUCCCGUUGAGCAGAUCUAUGAUAACGGAUAGAGAUGGCUGGCAUUUCAAUAAUAAUGGGAGGUAUACAGUUAAGUCUGGUUAUCAGAUUGAAAGGGUAUAUCCAGAUAGAGAUCGUGCAUUACCAGAGUUAGGACCAUCCAUCACCCCUUUGAAGGCGCAGUGUUGGAAAAUAAAAUGUCCACCUAAAAUGAAACAUUUCCUAUGGCAAAUGCUUUCUGGUUGUAUAGCGGUGAAGAAAAAUCUAAAAGCCAGAGGAAUACAAGGAGAUACUAUAUGCACAAGAUGUGGAGAUCAGGAAGAAUCAAUCAAUCAUAUUUUCUUUGAAUGUCCACCCGCGGUACAAGUUUGGGCGUUGUCUAGUAUUCCAUCAAAUCCAACAAUCUUCUCCAGCAACUCAUUAUUUGCAAAUAUGGAUCAUUUAUUCUGGAGGGUUACCCCAGUAAGUGAGGACCAUCAUUUCGCAUGGAUAUUAUGGUACAUUUGGAAGGCAAGAAAUUGUAAAGUUUUUAGUAAUUUGGAUAUUGAUCCUCGGGAUACUCUUCAGUUGGCCGAAACUGAGUCCCGGCUUUGGAAAGAAGCACAAAACAGCAUUAACCAAGGAUUAGAAGUUUCAACGAUAACAGCCACACCACAGGUUCAAUUAAUUCCGGGCAUAUGGUGUUUCUCGGAUGGAUCAUGGAAGGUCAAUGAGAAUUUAUCAGGCCAAGGAUGGUAUAGUACUUUGGAAGGUUUUGAUGGGUUAAUGGGUGCAAGGAAUACGAGAGCAAGUCUUUCUCCUCUGCACUCAGAGAUUGAGGCAUUGAUUUGGGCAAUGGAAUGUAUGAGAAAUUUGAGACAGUAUAAUGUUACGUUUGCAACGGAUUGUUCGCAGGUGGUGAAGAUUGUUUCUGAACCAGAUGAAUGGCCAGCUUUUGCAAGUUAUUUGGAAGACAUAAAGAGUCUGAGAAGAAGUUUUACUUCUUCGGAGGUGGUCCAUGUACCCAGGACAAAAAACAUGAAGACGGACUGUCUAGCACGUAGUGCAAAAAAGCAAACAUCUUACAUCGUCCAUAUGGAUACGGAUCCUCCAGUUUGGUUAACAGAGUCAAUAUGA